UUAGGAAAGAGGCUAUUUAUAACACACAGCUCUAUUAAAUUCAGGUAGACAUCAUUUUAGAUUUAACGGAGAUUCGAAUUCUACGAGUAGUCUAAUGUCGCAAUCAACACGCCGGUCCCAGCUCAGCUGCCGAGAAGUGUUUGAGAGAUGAUCUUUUUUAUAACCAGUUAUACAAGAGCUAUAAUAUCAGCAAUCUUGGAGUAAGCGCCAGUCCCAGAAGUGAAACCGACAAGUACAGGACUUCCAGUAUGAUCGAUUACCGGCAAAUUGAUGCAGAGCUGGCGCGCAUACAAUUUGAAUAUGAUAACAUGAAUAUGGCGCACUAUGGAUUGUUUACAGACAAUAAUAAGUUGCCGGAUAUGUUCGAUCACUGCUGCGACCCUGAGCCUAAUUUGAUGGACUCUGCAUUAAAAGCCGAGGCGUGUUUUCCAACUGCAAUACAAGCGCCUCCACGUUACAUGAACUUUCGUCAAGCGGGUGCUUCUCGGGCAAACCCAAUUGCCGCUGAGCCAGUGCAGCGUCGCCAGCAAGCAAGAGAUCUGGCAGAGAUGUCAUAUAAUCUGCCGCCAUCGACAAUGAUUACUGGAUCGCAAGUAAUUAGCCUUGCCGACGAGCCUGCAUUGCUACCUGUCCAAAUCAUGUCGAGCACGCCCAAAUCCCCUGUGCUGCAGCAGGAAGUGAACAGAUUGGAAUCGGAUGUGGUAACGGCGCCGCAAUCCGAGCCAUAUAAGUGCCCGGUCUGUCUGAAGUGUGUUCAUCACCGGAAACCCGCUUCGACCGUCUGCGGGCAUGUGUUUUGCAGCAGUUGCAUUAAGACCGCAUUACGCGCCACAUGCAAAUGCCCCGUUUGCCAACGAUUGAUUACCGCACGCCAAAUUUUCAGAAUAUUCAUAUAGUAAGCAGCGGAGUAACGAAUUUUAAUGUGCUGCUGGUGAUUACCCAUUUUAUUUCAAACUGAGCCUUAUACUGCAAUUAUAUUAAAUUCAUCCAUGUUUGUUUCGACGUGCACCCCAAGGUAUGCAAUGCUUUUUAUUCCACUUGCGAUAUUUGUCUUCGAACGUUGCGCAUACGCCACGUGGGCCACGAACAUAAAAUGCAACAAACUACAAGAGAAAAUCUCAAGGGCAGGUGCAACUGCCACAGCAGUCUGCCACAUUGUGCACCACCUGCUGCAAGAUUGUAACUUACGUGCCCCGAAGUUGUGGCAAGUAACACAUGCUGCACACGGCACCGUGUGCCGCAUGCCAAUGCCAACAGCAGCAAAUCGAUUCAGCCUCACAUUUUAAUCGCCCG